CAAAUCGGAUUCACGAAAGCGAUCUCCAAAUCUCUCUCAUUCGGUUCGAAGAAGCUUCAAAGGCGAUUCCUUUCCUUUAGCUAACUAGUAAUUUCGUCAUGUCUUGGUGCACGAUUGAGUCGGAUCCUGGUGUCUUUACAGAGCUUAUUCAACAAAUGCAAGUCAAAGGAGUGCAGGUUGAAGAAUUGUAUUCCCUGGAUCUUGAUUCUCUUAAUAACCUCAGACCCGUAUACGGUCUGAUCUUUCUUUUCAAAUGGCAAGUUGGGGAAAAAGAUGAGCGUCCAACGAUCCAAGAUCAAGUUUCGAACUUAUUUUUCGCAAAUCAGGUCAUUAACAAUGCUUGUGCAACCCAAGCGAUCCUGGCUAUCCUCUUGAACUCUCCAGAGGUUGACAUCGGGCCUGAACUAUCGGCGCUGAAAGAAUUCACCAAGAACUUUCCAUCUGACCUUAAGGGUUUGGCUAUCAAUAACAGUGAGGCAAUCCGGGCUGCUCACAACAGUUUCGCAAGGCCUGAGCCAUUUGUCCCAGAGGAACAGAAAGCUGCUACAAAAGACGAUGACGUAUACCAUUUCAUAAGCUACAUACCUGUGGAUGGAGUCUUGUACGAGCUUGAUGGGCUCAAGGAAGGACCUAUCAGUCUUGGUCCAUGCCCCGGAGACCAAACUGGCAUCGAGUGGCUGAAAAUGGUUCAACCAGUGAUCCAAGAAAGGAUUGAGAGGUACUCACAGAGCGAGAUUAGGUUCAAUCUUUUGGCUGUCAUUAAAAACAGGAAGGAUAUCUACACAGCAGAACUCAAGGAGCUUCAAAGGCAGAGGGAGCAGCUGUUGCAGCAGGCUAAUACUUGUGUGGACAAAAGCGAAGCAGAAGCAGUUAAUGCGUUGAUUGAGGAGGUAGGCAGUGGGAUCGAGGCUGUGAGUGAUAAGAUUGUAAUGGAGGAAGAGAAGUUCAUGAAAUGGAGAACAGAGAACAUUAGGAGGAAGCAUAACUACAUUCCGUUUUUGUUCAACUUCCUCAAACUUCUUGCAGAGAAGAAACAGUUGAAACCUCUGAUUGAGAAGGCCAAGAAACAGAAAACAGAAAGCUCCACUUGAGAAUGUAGACACUUCUCUAUGUCUCAAGAACUUGUUUUGUCUUCUCUCACCAAAUCAAUACACUCUCUCUUCCUUUUAAGUCUUUUGUAUUCUAAUUUUGGUUACACGACUAAUAGAUUCUCUAGAUUAAG